CAGCGCAGGGUGUGUUCAGCGGGGAGGCUGUGUGGGCUGGGUCGGUCGGUCUGGCUGUGUGUUUUUCUCCACUAGCAGCAUCAGCAGCAGCAUCCUUUAUUAACUUGUGACAUCGCUUCAGACCUGAAAGAUGCUCAAACCGGAGGAGAAGCUGCGCGCAUCUUGAUCAUGAUCAGAUUGGCUCCCAUGAUUACGCAGCGACUUAUUGGGCUGCACGUUUACGCACCGUUAUGGGGGAGAAUUGUGGCCGCCGCCCCUGAUCAUGGCUGUUUAGGAUGAGGAUUCUAUUUGUUUUUUUAACAUUUUUUGAACAAAGAUGUCUAAAACCAAACACUGCGAGGCGGUGAGGGUGGUGGUCCGCUGCCGGCCCUUCAGCAGGAGAGAGCAGACAUCGGAGUGCGAGAACAUUUUGGAGAUUGAUGACAAGCUGGGGCAGAUCACCAUCCGGAAACCGAAGGCGCCCCCUGAUGAACCCAUGAAAGUCUUCACGUUUGAUUCAGUUUACGGCUGGAAUUCAAAACAAAGCGACAUUUACGAUGACGCGGUGAGACCUCUGGUGGAAUCCGUCCUCCAGGGCUUCAACGGGACCAUCUUCGCCUAUGGACAAACUGGAACAGGUAAAACGCACACCAUGCAAGGGGUCUCCAACGACCCAGAGAGGAGAGGGGUCAUCCCAAACUCAUUCCAGCACAUUUUCACCCAAAUAUCCAGAACUCAGAAUCAGAAGUACCUUGUGAGGUCAUCCUACAUGGAGAUCUACCAGGAGGAAAUCAGGGACCUUCUGUGCAAAGACAACAACAAGAAGCUGGAGCUGAAGGAGAAUCCAGAGUUUGGUGUUUACGUGAAAGAUCUGUCUUCUGUGGUGACCAAGAAUGCAACUGAGAUUGAGCAUGUGAUGAACAUUGGCAACCAGUCCAGGUCUGUGGGCUUCACCAACAUGAAUGAACGCAGCUCCAGAUCUCAUGCCAUUUUUGUCGUCACCGUGGAGUGCAGUGAAGUGGGGCUGGACGGUGAGGACCACAUCCGGGUUGGGAAGCUGAACAUGGUCGACCUGGCCGGCAGUGAGCGCCAGAGCAAGACAGGAGCAAAAGGGAAGCGUCUGAAGGAAGCCGCCAAAAUCAACCUGUCCCUCUCGGCUCUGGGGAAUGUCAUCUCAGCUCUGGUGGAUGGGAAGAGCACCCACGUCCCCUACAGAGACUCCAAACUCACCCGGCUGCUCCAGGACUCUCUGGGCGGCAACGCAAAGACAGUCAUGAUUGCAACAGUGGGGCCUUCGCACAAGAACUUUGAGGAAUCCCUGGCCACGCUGAGGUACGCCAGCAGGGCCAAGAACAUCAAGAACAAACCUCGGAUUAACGAGGACCCCAAAGACGCCCUGCUGAGGGAGUUUCAGGAGGAGAUCGCACGAUUGAAGGCUCAGCUGGAGGAGAGAGGGAUGCUGGCGAAGGAGAGGAGGAGGAGGAGGAAUAGUAAGAGACUGAGUAGAAGCCUGGCUGGUAUGGAAGAGGAGAUCAUCAGGGAGAUGGAGGCAGAUGUUUGGAAGACUGUGGAAGAAGAACCAGAUGUGAGACACUACAUGAAAGAGGGAGGUGACUUCCAAAAAGCUCUGACUUGCCAGGGAACCAGCGAGAAGUUAAAGCAUCUGAAUGAAAACAGGAAAAGCGUGGAGGACAUGCAGUGGGAUCAAGAUGCUUUGGAGAAGAUCAUAGAGAAAUAUAAGGCGAUGGAGAGCAAACUGUUGGUUGGAGGAAAGACUAUAAUCGAUCACACCAAUGAACAACAAAAAAUGCUGGAGCUGAAGAGACAAGAAAUUGCAGAGCAGAUAAGACGGGAGCGAGAGAUCCAGCAGCAGAUGAUGCUGCAGGAUGAAGAGACCGUAGAAAUGAGGGAGACGUUCUCCUCCCUGCAGCAGGAGGUGGAACUCAAGACAAAGAAGCUGAAGAGGUUGUACACCAAACUACAGCUGCUGAAAGGGGAGAUGAGAGACAUCAUUGAUGAACACGUCACAACCAGGCAGGAGCUUGAACAGACGCAGAAUGAACUCACCAGAGAGCUCAAGUACAAAUAUCUCUUGAUAGAGAAUUUUAUACCUCCUGAGGAAAAGAACAAGAUCAUGAACAGGCUGCAUUUUGACAGUGAGGAGGAUCAGUGGAGGCUCCAACCGGUCCUUCCGUCACAGAGUACACCCCCUCAGGUCAAGAGACGGCCUCUCUCCGCUGUGGGAUACAAGAGGCCAAUCAGCCAAUAUGCACAGAUGGUUGUUGCCACGGCUACCGGGGCCCCAUGUAGAUACCAGGCUGAGAAUAUCAUGCUGUUGGAGUUGGACAUGUCACCACCAACCAUGUUCACCCUGAACCUUCAUGGCGCUCACCUGGAGAGAGCCUUUUCUCCCAGGCUGAUACAGGAUCUUCUGGCAAGUGUUCCCAUUAGAGAGAGAAAUGCUGCUUCGUCAUCAUCAUCAUCAUCAUCUCGGGUCAGGAAAUCCCAAUCCUGGUAUCAGCCACCACAAGCAGCAUCCGUCCCAUCAUCCUCUUCCUCCACUGCUCUGACAUCAGGACCUCAGAGCUUCUUUCCCCCUCAGAGACAAAGACCAUCCUCUGCUGCAUAUCUCCCAUCGGAGGGUGCAGCUCGGACAAGCCCAUGAUUUGCAUUGACACACCUGUAAUGUGGGCGUGGCCUUAAUUUAAGGUGGCACAAGGGGAAUACAGCUAAAGGGGUCAUCUAGCAGAGAUGGAGGGGAAACUGUAGGUCUUGAUUUGAUUUUGUACCUGUUUGGAAGCUCUAGUACGCACGUACAUGAAAAACGGCUAGUUGUAUAUGGGGUUAUUUUCCUAUCUUAAAUCAAGAUUGUGGUCUUUUAAUUUGAGAGCGUUACAUCUUCAUUUUAUGUCAAUUCCGUAUUGUUUUCCCUUAAAACUCUGCCCUCUCUCUCACAUAACUGCUUGGGUGUAAAUCUGCUCUGCUAUCAGGUGAAUUGUUCUGCGUUUCCUCGUGCUCAGAUUCUUUUGCUGAAGUAAAGCGAAUGCACUUGCAAGGAUUUCGUGGCGAUUUCACUGGUCAGCAUCACACUAUUGGCAUUUUAUUGCUCUAGUGAUUUUGACAGUUUCACAAAAGAUUGUGAGAGUACAAAUCUGAGAGAAGUUUCAUAUAAAAAUGCAAGGACACACGCACCUUGUUCCAUUAAUCUGAUGACAGUUUCACAUGUUUGUGUCUGAAUUUGCACUCUGAUCGUGUUUCCGUAAAAGGUGCGCUGGCAAUCUCAAUAUGCGACACCUAGUAACAUAACCAGAUAGACAUGCACAAGUACUGGUACUUCCAGUUCUGCAUAGUGAACAAUGGAAGGAUUUUUCCACUUUUUUGCACCAGUAUUCAUCCAAAAGUGUUAUAGCAGAGACGUGCAAAAACCACAACACACCUUUCCUCAUUGAUUUUGCUCCAGAUAUAUUAGGCUUCAAAAUUAAAUGUCCAUAAUAACACACACUAAACUGAACUGCAGGACAUUUGUGCAACAAUCUGAGCACAAACAAACAAUUUAGAGCAGAACAGAUUUGCAUUUGAGAGAGCUGGCAUGGUUUUUCAGGGAAAGCAUUACAAUAAUGAUAAGACAACACUCUCAAAUUGAAACUAGGGGAAAAAACUCCAUAAAAGUGACUUUUUGGUUUAAGGAUGUUUGCCUUCUUUGUUUCUGUUGCCUAAACUGUGCAGUUUACCCAAAUAGCAUAGCCAGACCUCCCAGGUUGUCACAUAUAAUAACAGUUUUUUCAUUUAAUAUUAUUUUAUUAGUAUUUGACCCCAGUUGCAACUCUUAAAUAUUUUUUUCUUUGCACAAAAAACUAACUUUGCCAAAACGCUGAGGGCGAUGAGGGUUUUUAGCCUGUAUGCUUGAUAAACUGUUGCUUCAGCCAAUAUAAUCGUGAGCCAAAAAAAAAACAAUGUAAGGGAAGCUUGCUCUUGAUUAGCUGCCUUAUUUUUUCAUAGUUGUGUGAAACUGUGCAAAGCCCAUUUUGCUUACACAUGAAAAAUAAACAGACUGAAAUAACA